AUGGUGCUGGAUCCAGAGAACUUGAGUCUAGUGAGGAGCUGGGGGUGCGAGGACAAUUGCUACCAUCACUCAUACAACACGGCUACCCACAAACUCAUCAGCUCACACAGAGGGUACCUUGCUGUGUGGGACCCUGACUCCGGGGAGAAACUCUUCAGUAGAUCAGAUGACAGUAGAUAUAUAAAUUGUGUAGACAGUCACCUGACAGAGAGUCUAGUUAUAUCAGGUAACAAUAAUUUGGAGGUAGUUGAGUGGGAGAUAACAGAGCAGGGUCUGCAGAUACUGAGGAAAGUGGAGCUGCCUCGUCCGAGUGGGUGGACGCGUGCCAAUGUGGGAGUGACGAGUGUGAAGUACAGUGUGGACGGGGUUCUGAUCUACUGUGCUGAGUGGGAUUCUCAGAGUAUCAAGAUCUACAACAAGGAGAGUGAGAAGGUUGGGGAACUGAAGGGACACUCUUAUCGUGUUAACAAGAUUUCCACAGUGCCGGGGGUAAGUAGAAUGAUCCUCUCCUCUGGUAGCGACCAAAGUAUUAUAUGGAGCCUGCCCUCCUCUGGAGAUGUAGACGCCUGUAAACAGGAGCUAGAUGAGGAGGUGCAGUGGGUAGGGUUCAGUGUAGGGGAGGAACUGUUCGCUACAGUCACAGAUAACCAAUGCAGACUGUGGGACUCCACGGAUCUCAAGGUGGUCAGGUCUGUAGAAUUCGGGGGUUUCGACAGAUCUAAAGGAGAGUUCCAUCCUGAUGGGGAGUGUCUGUUUUUAAACUCAAGAAUGGGAGUUCUCGUCUAUAACCUCCAGCUGGAACUACUGAAAUCUUAUGAGGUGCUAAAGAGUGAGGAUGGUUCCACCACUGAUCUGAAGAUAACACCUGAUGGCAGCAAGUUCCUAGUGACCGAGUGUAGGAACAUGACGAACGAUCACCUGAGCAAGGCUUUUGUGUGGAACUGCUCAGAUCCGAGCUCUGCCACGGAGCACCUUAUAAAAGAGUAG